UACGUAAAGGUUUGAUUUAUACUCAUCAAUAGAAUUUAUUUUCCAUUGGCGCGAAUUACUGUGCGAUCUUCUAAAUUUAGAGAAUAUUUAAAGCUGACGACUGAAAAACCAACAGCCAAAAUAAGCAAUUCAAAGGACACAAGUAUGCCGCCGAAGUGUAAAUUUCAAGAAGGGGAAAAAGUUCUAUGUUUUCAUGGGCCAUUAAUAUAUGAAGCAAAAUGUCUAAAGUCCUCCAUUACAAAGGAGAAGCAAAUUAAAUAUUUCAUUCAUUAUGCAGGAUGGAAUAAGAAUUGGGAUGAGUGGGUUCCUGAAAGCAGAGUUCUUAAAUACAAUGAGGCAAAUGUUCAGAGACAAAAAGAAGUUCAAAGAGCACAUUCAAAUCAACAAUCUGCUCAAAAAAAUAAAAAAGGUAGCACCUCUUCUAAAACUCAAGGACGUAGAAAUGAAGGUGGACGUGAAAAAGAUACUGAUAGCAGAGCCAGCACUCCUGUUGCAACUGUUGAUAAAGGUGUCAGUCGAUUUAAUAAAGCUAGCAGUGUGACACCAUCAUCGUCACAUGAUUCUACAUCAGAUGCUCCACGUAAAAAACGCAGCCGACUAGAACCAUCUGGUGAAACAGAAGAAUAUCUUACUAAAGUUGAAGUUAAAAUUAAGAUACCAGAGGAAUUGAAGUUUGUACUUAUAGAUGAAUCAGAAGUAAUAUUAAAAUAUCAUAAACUACCUUCUUUACCUGUAAAAAAUACAGUUGACAAAAUUCUAGAUGAGUAUGUAGAAUCAAAAUCAUUGGGAAAAAAUGAUUCUGUUAGGGAAAGUAUAUUAGAAAUAACUAAAGGUAUUCGCGAAUAUUUUAAUAUUUCUUUAGGUUUACAAUUACUAUAUAAGUGGGAACGUCCACAAUUUAUUCAAAUUAUGAAUGAUAAUCCUGAAACACUGCCCAGUCAACUAUAUGGUGCAUUUCAUUUACUAAGGCUAUUUGUGAGACUUGGGGGAAUGUUAUCAUAUACUACACUAGACGAAAGAAGCAUACAAUUAUUAUUAUCUCAUUUUCACGAUUUCUUAAUAUACUUACAGAAUAAUAGUACUGAACUUUUUAAUCUUCAACAGGACUACGCGGACUCACCACCCGAUUAUCACAGAAAAUAUGCCUAACUUAAUAUAAAUUAUUAAAUACUUUUAUUUAAAUCCAGCAAUAUCUAUCAUAUUUCCUCAAAAAUUGACAGCUGCGAUUUGUUUAAGAAAUAUGUACAGUGAUACAAUCUAAGAAAUAAGUCGAUAUAGAAAGUGUAAAAAAAAUCUUCUUUUGGAUUUUACUCAAAAAUUUUCUAAAGGUUUAGUUUAUUAAACAUA